CUGUCUGCUAUCGCCAACGCGCGGAAGAAUGAUUGCUCGAUUUAAUACACCUUACCUGCGGGUCGACUUACUUAUGCUCUCCCCUACUCGUUGAAGAUCGGCCGCUCGAGGUGACCACAACGUCUUUACGAGCACAUACAGCCAAGAAUGGCUAGCCAGGCCCACCAGCUUCUCUUCCGCCCGUUUCGGGAGACGAUCAAAUGGGCCAGUCUGGGGAUAGUGCAUUCACAGGAUAGCUCCAACGACCCUCGCCGCGGAGCUGAGCUUCAACGCGCAAGCAGCCUUCUCCUCCGAGACGCAGAGCGCGCUGUAAAGCGACUCGCGCCUUACGUCGAGAGCCCGACGCCUGAAUUGCACGCUUUCCUCAUAGACCUGAUCUGCCGAAACACCGACGUCAUCGCCGAGGUCAGAGCUGUGGAUGUUCUGCUCUAUGACUUCGAGGACUAUAUCGAGGCCUCGUCGUACGAUGAGGCCAAGUUCGACGCCCUGAGGGCCGCGACAAAGGCCCUGGCCCUGCUGUUGCUCGAGAGGAUCCAGAGGUUCUCGACCGAGUCGGCGCUCGACGUAUCGCCGCCACCAUUGCGUCCUCUGCCGCCUCUCCCAGCGCGCGCAAAUCUAACAAAGAUUGUCACGCAGCCGUCGCCGCGUUCACCCGAGCAUGCCGAACGCAAGGGAUCAAUCCCCCGCCAGAUCCAUCCCGGCGACUUGACCACCUCGCUUUCGAGCAAGUUUACUGCUCGACAAACAGUAGCCGAGGUGAGGCCAGGCAGCCCCGAAGGUGCUUUCGUCGGAUUAGAUCGCCUAGAACUUGGAUCCCCCAUUACCAUGAGCUCCAUGGCCCGGCCUGGGAGUGCAACAGGCAUACGUGGUGUACAGACCCCGGAGCCGCGGGGAGACGCUCCAUACCGACCGAGGCGCACAUCCUUGAUGCUCAGAGACCGGAUUCGCGAGGAGGAGACGUCCAGUUUCGUCGAUUUCGACUCCGAGGACCAGAACACGUAUGCUUCGCCAGAGACACAGGCCCCCAAGUCCAACACGUACAUGUCCUCCCACCAACAAAGGCCAAGUUCGUCCAGCCGUUGGCAUCAGACCAGCGACGAGGGAUCCGAACUGGGCGAUUCGACAAUCAACCGCAGCUACACAGCUUCAAGUCUCAACACGGCCGCUCUGGCAUCCAGGGACUCGACUUUUGACCAGAAAACCUCCAUCUCCUCGAGCGCCACCUCCCACUCGUCCCACCGCGCCUCUCUGCUGGGAAACGCGGCCAAGAACAGCUGCAGCAUCGGCCCGGGCAGCUCUCUUUCGUUGUUGGGGGGGUUCUGCAAAGGAGCGAGAGCUUUUGCGACGGGGGGUCCCGGGCAGGCCAUCAAGAAAGUCGGUGGCUCGGGGGGCAACCAAGGUUCGAAGCAAGACUUCUCCCAGGAGAUGCUGUUUGGCUCCAUGCUUGCUGUUGAAACGACAAUCUACGCCGAGCCCAUGGCCCAGUGCUUGCAUUGCGACUACAAGACGAUAUACUCCCAGUUGCUCCAGGAUAUGGAUCGCGAUCCGCUGGCCAAACAACAGGUCCGGGGCAUGACAUAUCGCUCUCGGUUCCUCUACAAAUCACACGUCGCCGUCAAAGACCUGGAAAAGGUCUUCUUCGCCUGCAUUUUCUGUGACAAGCUGAAAUCUACCUGCCACGAGGGAGACGCGACUGUUUUCCAAUCCGUCGACCAUCUGUUCCGACACCUAUCUCGACAUACUUUGCCCUUGGCCACAGUCGCCGGGGUAACCGUCCUGUACGAGGAACCAAAAUUCUCGUCUGCAGACCAGCAAGACUUUGACCUAAUCAUUCCUGGCGGCACUCCCAUGCUGCCCGCCGGCCCGCCGGAGGAGGCUCGUGACUACCUCGCAUCCUUACCAGAAGCGCGAGCAACAAAAGAUCACAUCCGCCAACGCAACGGGAAGCCCCAAUCCAGGCCUGACAACGUCUCAGAAGUCCUCCAAUUCCUCGCCGGGGCCAGAAUAUUAGGCGUCGAAUAUCCCGACAAGUGGGAUGGGAAAUGGUGCCAAGGGUGGCACGACGGGGUGCUCGGCGUCUUCCCGAGCAAGACCGUCCAGCUCGAGGCCCCCGAGAAGGUGCAGGCCAUCAUCAAGUCUGUGCCUAGAUCUCUGAGGACCGGCGUGGCCAAAUGGGAGUGGGAUUCCAAGUCAAGAGCUGGGUCGAAUGUUUGGCUUAGCUUUUCAAAGGGGGCAAAGAUUUCCAACCUCGCAUGGGACGACCCUCACGCAUGGUACUGGAUAGGAACGAAUUCCAAAGGCAUGCUGGGAAUUUUCCCCAAGAGCCACAUCAGGAUAGAGACUAUUCAAGAUGGGUCUCUCGACGAGUCCCAAGGUGCUACUAAAUCCUCUGGUGGAAGGUCAAGGCUCGGGUCUCUGUUUGGUAGGUCAAAGAGUUGAUGGAUGGUACUUGUAUGUGGUUCUGUUGCAGGCUCUUCUUUUUAAGAUACCCGGAUGGGUGGAUUGGCGUGAUUAUGAGG